AUGAUAAAAAGGUUAACGAAUAAUCUGGCAGGUGACUCAAAACGUGCCGUAGGAUGUGCGAUGGUGGUAGCUUGGGGAAAUAUAGGUGGUGUAUUAAGUGCACAAAUAUAUAAAUCUAGUGAUGCACCAACUUAUAUAACUGGUCACGCUGUUGCAUUAUCACUUUUGAUUUUUGCCGUAAUUUUAUCUAUAAUUCAAUAUUUCUUAUUAAAUAGAAUUAAUAAAUGUAAACUUAAAGAUCCUGAAAAAUUUUUAAAAGGUUCUAAUGAAGAUGAUGCUACUCAUUUAGGAGAUUUACAUCCUUCAUUUAUUUAUAGCUUGUAG